CACUUUCCCGCCUCGUCUGUGUUUAUGUGAAACUUUUGGAAAAACGACUGAUAAUUUCAUGUGAAGGGAAUUUGUUGGCGUGCGGGGAGAAAAAGAGGGAGGGGAGGUCCUCCUGCGUUUUAGGGAGCAGAUGUUUGAGAGAGGAAGGCUACAAACUCACGCCGAAAACAAACCGAACAAGCCGGAAGCCCGGAGCUUGGAGUGGACACCUUUAAUUAUAGCAACCGGUGAGUGUGAUACCGUGCCGCAAAGAACAGCUCCAUGCACAACUAGAAGGUUCCAGUUUUGACCUUCGACUCAACUGAAUUGCACAAAGACCAAAAGAUACAGCGUGGUUUUACUGCUUACUUGAAUGGAAUCAAGUCAUGUCUUAAAAACCGAAGUCUGCUGAUUGAAGGCUGUGCUGUCCAAAGAACGUAAUGAGAGCCACGCGCUGACUACAGGUUGGGAAGUGAGUGAGGGAAAAGAGAGGCAGCGAUAAGGAGAGGAGACGUUCUCAGGCACCUCACAUCUUGGGAGUUUGGAGUCACUGUGCAACCCCGAGAGUUGAGAAAGCAGAGUGUUAGUGGACGGGCCUGGGGUCUGCGUGGCUCCUCCGCUUUCUGCCGAGUGACGCUCUGCUCAGCGCCUCCUGCACGUCUCAGCGCCCGUCUCCACGGCUGCGAGAUAACCGGAGACUCUUCCAGUCAUGUGGCUUUCCCUCGUACAUAACUCCUGAGGUUGGAUUUGCUGGGAUGCCAGAUCAUCAGAUCACAAUGACUAUCAAGAGAUGAGACUGCAACGGGCAGCCCUGUCCCUCCACUUCCUGCUACUGGAUUUUUGCUGAUUGAUGCAAUCCAGAAGACGAUGCCUCACCCAUCCGGACACCUCUUCUGAACAGCACACCUUUCCAGCACUUACUGUGCACCAUGGCAGGAAAGACUCAGCAAAAUCACGCUGUUAAAGAGCUGGGCACUAAGUCCAAACAGCAGGAUGAGGGCACAGCGGUGGAACAACGCAGUGACAAAACCACAGAGGAAUCUUCCGAGCACUUUUCAAGCACAGACACUGAUGCCAGAGCCGGCAGCAGAGAGCCCAAACUUGACAAAGUAAAGAAGGAGCGGGGCGGUACACAGCAGCGUGAGGCAGUUAUUCGGCCACAACAGGCAGGCAAGAUUGACUUCAGCUCGUUGCAGAACAGAUCAAAGUUUGCCACUGACAGAACCUGGUCCAGUGGCAAAGGAAGUCCCCAAUCACCAAGUGGAAAGGGGCGCGGUAGAGACAAGAGCAAGCGGUCUGGAAAGACAGAGCGCGGCAACACACAGCACCUGUACAGUCUCAGCAUUACCAACCCUCGCUCCAACCUCAACAUCGGGAUCGCCUACCCACAGCAGAAGGUUUCACCAGCAACAAAACUGGACACCGCCCGUGGCCCGGUGUCGGGCAGCUACAGAUUCCACACUCCCAGCAUACCAGAGAGAGAAGUUGAGAUACAGCAAGAAGAACUGAACUUCAGUCAUUCUUUCCAAGAGGCCUCCUCAAACCUUACCUCUCCAAGCUAUACCUCACAGGCACUGGGAUCUUCAAGUGGGUCGUCGUCCCACCAGCAUCUCCCUGUGUCACAGAAACAGCAGUCUGCCGCAAUGGAAAAUAGCAUUGCACAGUCAGGCAGUCAGCUGAUCUUGACUGACUUUCAGCUGAAUGCCUCUAAUGCAUGGCAGUCCCCUGAAAGGACUUUUAUUGGUGCUAACUAUGCUUCAUCGCAAAAAUCCACUGCUCAUACGGACACCAACAAGACGAACAACAUUGUACCUGGUUCAUUUCAAUAUGGAUAUAAUUUUCUGGAAGAGUCGACCUCUGACUCUUUUCCCUGUGAACAUAACCCACAAUCCCAAGACUUUACAGACUCCUCUCUUGGUUCUGUUCAUGGGACUCAUAAUUCAUGUUCUUUUUUGCCUGUAGAGGGGCCAAGUGUUGCUCAGAACAACACCAAGUUCAGUAAUGAACAGCAGCCGGAGACCAGAAGCUCUUAUCCUCACACCCAGCAGUCACAGUUUAUUCAAGGGGUGGCAUCCUCUGUUCAUUGUCCAAGGAAUCUGAGUGAUGACUCCGCCAGCAGUGACAGCACCACGGUUUCCAUCCCGCAGCAGUCGGACCAUGGGAAGACUGCCCUACCAGAAGGCAAAGACAAUCCCGGACAGGUCAAUGGUAAAGAUUCAGCUGGGAUUAAGAGGAACUGUGCCCCCAAAGACACGACUGCCAACCAAAGAACACACAUCCAAGCAAGUGUACAACACACAAGAAAUAUUUUACACUCGCAAGGCACACAAAUGCACUUUCUUAGCAAAACAUUAAACAGUUCUGCAGUUAAUCAUGUUCACACAGGCACAGUGCAAUUUGAUAAAAACAUAAAUAAUAAGGUUUUAAAUGGGUUGACACAGUCCUGGGAGGGGCCUAGUAAGACAUUUUUACCUGUGGCACAAAACACAAUUCAGUACAGUGAUGUGACUGAAAAGUUCCAGUUUCAGAACCAGUCGGCACCUGACAAAAGGAUAAAUUUAUCGAAAGACAACAGAAUGCCAUGGCAGCCAAUACGGCCACCUACUGCGAACCAAAAUCAAGUAUCGAGGCAAAUAAGUAAUCAAAAAGUGUCUUACAUUGUUUCUCCCUCUGAGUGGCAGGAUGAUUGUAAAUCACAUAAAAAUAGUUUGCUGAAAACCAGUGGUUCUUUUCCAAACAGCAGAACUAGCGAUGGCUUUUCUAACCAAAGACAGGAGACUGUCAAACAGGUCUCAACAUUCAAAGUAGAGAUGAGUCAUGCACAGCUAAGUGAAACUAAAAAUAAGGCUUUAUAUUUUGGGCUCAACCAGUCUAUCCCAGUAACUUCUUCCAGAAGCUAUAGCUAUCCACCAAUACAAGUUCCACCCAUGAGCCUCAUGAUGGUGUCACCUUAUGAAUCACCUUUACCCUCCCCAGCUCAUACUCCUGCUUCCAGUAGUACUUGUUCCUCCCUCUCCCCUGUGUCCACCAGCCCAGUAAACAGCACUUCUGAGGAUAGUCAGAUGUCAAAGUCAGGAACCCCCCUCCCUUUUUAUCAACAGCCAGCCCAGUCCAAAACCCAGUUAGCACCUGAUCACUUAAACACGCACCCUCAUCAGUUUCAUGCGGAAACUCAGAGAAACCUUACCUACGCCCCAGACCGAGACAAAGACAACAUGAUGAGAUAUCUUCAAAACAACACACAGUCCAAGACAACAAUAGAUGGUAGCAAAGGUUACAUGGACAGUUUUGGGAUGGAGCAUCAUCAGCCUCCUCCGCCUUACUCUGCACAUCAGCUGUUCGCCACUUCGUUAGCCAAUGCUAAUCUUGACCAGUUAGAUGUACUUCUGACUUGUAAGCAGUGUGAUCAGAAUUUCCACAAUGUUGCUUCAUUUCUAGGACACAAGCAAUACUGCACACAGCCAAACAUGCCAAAGAUAGAAGACAACGGGAAGUUCCACACAGAACCAGCAAAAGCAGUCUUACCUGCAUCAAAUGUGUCUAUGUCAAGAUGCCCUUCUGACCUUCAUCUUUCUCUGUUAGGCCUUAACAAGAAUGGAGAACUGAUAUCGGAAAGUGAAGCAAAAGCUGACUGCAAGGAUGAUCCAAUGAAACUUAACUUGUUCUCGGGUUCUGGGAGCCACCCUGUUCCCCUCCCUGAACUAGAAAUGGAGGAUGCCAAGUUAGACAGCUUAAUUACAGAAGCUCUGAACGGGCUUGGCUAUCAGUCAGACAAUGCGGAGAUAGACAGUAGUUUUAUUGAUGCGUUUGUUGACGACGACCUCAACACUGUCAAAUUAACAAACAAACAGUGUGUGAAAACAAAAGAAUCUGUCUUAUUUGAGAACAAAGAUAAGCAGGCAGCAGAUGACAGCGAGUCUUCCACACAGAAGUAUUUUUAUGACACCAAUCAUGACAGCCAAAAGAGAAAUACGCCGUACAAUGACAACAAACUUGAGAAAACACCUCUGAAUUUUGAGCACGAUAAGAAAACAAACAUAAAAAAAGAGACCUCUCCUAAAAAUCCCAAAAUUGCCUCAAGGGAAAAUAAUAGGGAACAAGCCAGCAAAGGGAAAGAGGCGAGAAAAGUGUACAAGAGUGAAGAUGAAAGCACGAAUACACCAAGAUUUCUCCUAUCCAGCAAAUUUUCUGAGCGCUGUGCUGUUAAAAGCGUUCAGGACAGUUCUGCACUCAUACAGACCUCCACAUCUCCAACCUCACGGACUGCAGUGAAAGAAAGCAAGCGCAGAAGCACUGGGGGCGGCACAUGGAGUAAAGAACUUAUACAUAAAAUAGUUCAACAAAAGAAUAAGAUCAAUAAGCUCCACGUUAAAGGUAGUAAAAACCUACAGUUUUCCUUGGUGAUGGAAAGGCUGACCCCUACUGUGCAGAACCCAGCAUUUGGAGAGUAUGAUUACGUUUCAGACACAGACGAUGAGUGUGAGCCCGUAAAGAUAGCAAGCCAAGGUCGACUGAACCAAAGCAGUCGCUGUAAAUACACAUACACCAAAGAGUGCAAAUGGCGAGCGAGGAGUGAGAGGGACCAAGCAGCUUGGAGACAUGAGUCAAAAGAGUGUUUUGAGGUGAAAAAAAGUGAAGAGAUUUCUCUUUCACCUGAAAAACACAGCUCCUAUAGACACAAGAGGAGGGGUAGCAGGUCAUCGACAUGCAGUGAACUCAGCACAUCUGUGAGUGUUUCAAGCGACAGCAUUAACAGCCCUAAAAGCAUCGAACGCACUGAAUUGGACUGUGAGAGGAAGGCAGACAUUAAAAAGAAAGACUCUCCAGAGCGGAAAAGCAAUGAAAGGUGCUCCCCGCAGAAGUCGUGCAAAGACACUGGCACGCUAGCACUGACAUUCACAAAAUCAGUGAAAAGGUGUAAUACAGACGGAGCCAAUAUUUUUGGCAACAAACAUAGCACAGAAAACCCAACACAGUAUUUUCCAAAUGCAGAAAUUGUUGAUACAAGGCCAUCCUCAGCAGUGACAUCCUUUGAAAAAGAAUCAUUUAGCAAAGCAAACGAGGCGAUUUAUCAUCGCAAAGAAAAUGCCCCAACAGUCACCUCGAGUAAAAACGCACUAGAAUGCACAGACAACCUGCACUCCAAAGAAGAAGACAACAAGCCAUUGCAGUUUCAUUCACACUCCCCUACUUGCAACAAAGAAACAGAUCCCAGUAUUGACAAAGGCACAAAGGUGAAAAGAAGACAGAGACCCCACUCCACACAGAUAAAAGUGUCUGAAAACACUACAUUUAAAGAACAGAGCAACAGUGUCUGCAUGGCAAAAGAAGCCAUUUCUUUAGUCAAUGAGCUACACACACAACCGCCUGCAUCUCUUUGCACCACACUAAUGGAUGAAGUUUGUCUCUCGCCAAGUCGCAACCAGGGUCCUCUCAUACAAAAAGACGGAAUCCACCUCAUGCCCUACUCCAUGGACCAGGACCAGGACCAGGGCCUCAUCAAAUCUCCUCUUACAUUUGACACAUCGUCAAUGUUUGGGGACCUCGCAGCAUUUGACAGUGGCCUUUACUCUGACAUGCCAAAAGAGAGCUUCCAUUCAUUAGAGAACACCAUUGACAAAAAAGAAGAGUUUGUGUCCUCGUUUUCUCCUUUUUUGGAACAAAGAGACUGGAACCUAAUUGUAAGCCCGGUGCUACCAGAUGAGAUUUCUCAAUACAAAGGUAGUUUUGAUAAGGGAAAUGAAAAGAAACCAGAUUACAGUGAUGUAACGUUGUCUUUGCCAGAAAAAAUUAUAGACUACAGCGCAAAUCUGAACAGCUGUGCUUCAGAAGAUGAGUUAGAAAUAAAGCGGAUCGUAAACGAACUUGAAAACCAGCUGCAGACAACUAAGAUGGAAACCCCACUCAGGCAAGAGGACCCAAAGCAGCUGCAAAUGAGCAAAUUCUCACCUUUACGGCUGAGUGAAGAGUCAGAGAAUGAUACCAUAGAUGCUCCGGUGCCUUCAGAGACUUUUACUGAACCAGAACUUCCAUGGAGCAGUCCAUUCCAGUUUGACCUGGUGGACCGACACAACAGUCCCCACAGUACUAUUCACAGUGAGGCUGGGACCCUUGAGCAAUACACUGAGACGGAGACUGAUGUUUCAAAUACAAUAAUCCCACUCUCGCCGCUCCAUAAUGACCGCAAACCAGAGGAAAGAAAUACAGAAACGGUGAUCGCAAGUGAAACAAAAGAUGUCUUGGAACAAAAUCAGUACACAGAAAAGCUGAUGAAAAAUCUGGAGGUCAUAUCUGAUUCCCUAUUCAAAAAUAAAUCCAUUAUAUCAGAACACAGAGAGCCAAAUGUCACUUUUCCUGCAAGUCCACAACAAGAAAGCGAGUGUGGGGCUAGCGAUUUAGCGGUGAAAGAGAAUCACAGUGAAAAGGAAGCAAUUACUGGGGCACAAAAUACAUUUUCCCCUUCAAAUAUCAGGGAGCAGAAGGACAAUGUUGAAUUCAUUCUGAAAGAGUCACAUUCAUCUCUCCCUCACGAUACAGACCACACAAUCGAUGUACACCAGCAGAUUACAUCACAGCCAAGUGAGCCCUCAGAAAAUGGUAUUAACAAGGUUGAGAUGGAAUUCAUUUCAGAUGGGCUUGUACCUGAGGAGAGUAAGCUGAUUGAAUCUUCUCAUUGCUCUAGUGUGUUGGAUACACAUGCCGAUGAAGACAGUAACACAGACAGAACUAUGAAGGUGGUGCAACUAAGUUGUAACAGCCCACGACAUGUUACAGUUAGUUAUGAAGAAACAGACGCAAACAAUAACGGCCAGCUUUCAUCAUUAGACAUUUGCAAGUCAACAGGGAUUGUGGUGAAAACAGGAGAGCAAUCCACUGAUAGCCACUUGAAUCCUAAAAAUGUUGAUUUAAUAAAGUGCGAGCAGUCUGAAAGUACCACCAAAAGCAGACACAGUUUAGUUAAUCACAAUGUAAGUCUAAAGCCUGACCUGUCAGUGGACGUCGUCUCCACAAGCAAACCUUACAGCCCAAUUCUGGUCGAAGGCAACACAGAACAUUCGGGAACAAGCAUAACAUUUCAAGACAUCCACUCAAUAGGACCAAACAGUCAGCUGGUCUUCAUCCAGAAGGACAGCAUCAAUGACAAUGAUGCUAAAAGUAGCUCCUUUAAAUCCCCUCAACUGAAUGACUCAUUAAAAACUGAACCAAGUUCUGCUUUCAAUAGCAUUCAUAAACCAGAGGAUAUUUUAAAUGUUCACGACAUUAGAGAGGAUCUUCCUGUGGAUUUUAUGGCAAGCCACCAGAAUUCACCAUGCAGAGAGGAUGUGGAAGGAGGCCAGUGUAGCUUUCUACACACCUAUUCACCUUCCAGCCCUCUUUUAGCAACACAGACGGAAAUGGACAUCGGAGACACUCAACAAAGUAAAUAUAAAAGCGGUGUUGACCAAAAUUCAGUUCAAAAACCAACAUCACCUGCUGCGAAGCCUGAACACCAAACAGAGGACUGUGAUGAAACCGCAACAGCAGAAAUUGAAUAUUUAAUUAGCCCACCACAUCUGGAACUGCCUAAUUCUGACACCAACAUACCUUCUCCACUUCCUGUGUCCUGCACGGUUGAACCACCAGUGCUAUUAAAUGGCCUGGACAAAGGGGAUUCAUCGUAUGAUUUCAAGCUGAGUCCUCUAAACAAUAAAAACAACUCAGAUGAGCCUCCACAGCUGACGCAAUAUGACUACAUACCAAUUUCCAGUUCACUAGAAGCACCAGUCAUUGACGGUCUGAAUUACAGAUGUUUUUCAUUGGGUCUAGCAUCUGAAGACCAAUGCACAAAUUCCUCAGCUGGUAUUGCAAAUGAAGAUGUGAAGGAUAGACCCGGUCCAGAUGACUCUAUCAAGCUGACUCUGCUUAGAAAAGUUGAAUCAUCAUCAUUAGCAGAGGCAGAGAGCACCGCACUUCCAAUGCAAAACAUUUCAGAUUGUCUGCUCAGUCCUAAGUCACCCAUCCUCAGUGAAAGUGGACCAGCAGUGGACCUUGAUGAGUGUUUCAAUAAAGUAACAUCACCAAAAAUGGGUCACAACAACCCUCAGCAGGGCAAAGUUCUCUGUGAAAUCUGCUUCAUGUGUUUUAGAACUGUGCCAGGUUUGAAGAGACAUAAGGUCAUGAAACAUAUGGUCAGAAAUGAAAAACCUAUUGGCCCACAAAGCACAACAGUGUGCCAUCAGGGGACUUCGCUUAUUUAUGAAGCAUCACAAGAGGGAGAGAAGGAACAUAAGGAUGAUUCACAGCCCUACCGGACCAGAAUAGACGAGAUGACGGAGACAAAUGGCACCCUAAUAUUGAAAGAAUCGGUGCCUGAGUCAUCCACAAAUAAAAUGGCAGCUGAUACAAGUACAGUGGCUCGAGAUGAAACGGGGAAUGACAAGCCUGUAUUGCUGCCCAAAUCAAAAAAGAACAGCAAAGUUCGAAAGAACAAAAAUAACGAGGAAAACUCAAAGCUUGACCCGUUCUCUGAUGAUCUUUUGAAUAUGUUAAAAACAGACCUCCUUCAGGCAAUAACUCCUGAUUUUAAAAGCAAUGGUUUGCAGGAACAAGAACAUCCUGAGAGACAUAGAGCGGAAACAGAGAAAACACUUCACUGUCUGACUUCAAACUCUGGCACAGAGACUGCGUCCAGAACUAAAGAGACUACUCUUACAAGUGAAACUGUAGGAUUCAAUGGACUCACAGAUAUAGACCAGAUCACAUGCACAGGCCUCAUUGAGGAGGUGAAAGUUGAAGGAUGUACAAAAGGUGAGGUGGAAAAUACUCCAUUUAUAGAAGAGAUCACAGAAGAACACAACGUAAAUAGUCAGUGUCUUGUGGAAGAGGUGAGUGAACACAAACACUCAGAGGGGAGCAUUACCCAAGAGGAUCUUAAAAAUGUAUCGGUGGAGGUCAAGUGUGAGCAGAACAGCAUCUCUUCAGACAAGCAACAUUCUCUGACUUGUUUGUCCCCAGCGCCUCUCACUCCUUCUGGCAUAACUCCUGAUUUGAAGGCCUUACUUGAUGACGACACCAUCUUCUCACAAUUGUUUCCCAGAGAUGAAGACGCAAAGAGGAAAAAGUGCCCAAGGGUAUAUAGCAAAAGGAAUAAAAAACAGAAGCUUUCAUCUGAUUCAGAUGUCACUCAGGAUGGCCCGCCUCCACCAGAAGCAUUUACACAAGAUACAAAUCUAUACAUAGAGAACCCAGACGUUAAGGCAUUUAGUGACAACCCAACUAAACCCUGUGAAUAUGCAACCAUAUCUAUUGAUGAUACCAUUAUGUUGAAUAUGUGCCACAACAAUACACUGAAGGUCCCUGAUGUCACACCAGUGUCAGAUGGGAAACAAAGUGAUCAAGAAUACAACACAAAAGAGCUCAGCAUCAACCCUUUGAAUCCAUUUCAAAUCGCUGUUGAUAAAACUCCCAUUGAGUGGAGUGGCAUCGAUGCGGAGCCUAUAGUGACCCCUGAGCCUGUCAUCUGUAAAGCAGAUGCGCCAAACACACCUGGUGACGUCUACACUGUGGAGCAGAGUGUCUCAGACAGUGGACACAGCAUUGACAUUCAAAACAUCAACACCACAUUUCAGCUUCCUGAAAUUCAGUUCUUCGAGUCGAACAAAGAUGUCACUGUGGCUCCUCCCCCUGCAAGCACUGAUGUGGAGAACAAGGAUGAUGAAAAGUCUAAAAAACCUACGGACCGGCGAGGCCGAAAGCGACAAGAAGGUGGAAUGAAAGUCAAAGAUAAGCAGUACAAGUGCAAAGUCUGUUUCACUUGGUUCCUCACUCUUGGCGAACUCAACUUUCACAAGCUGUCACACAAUCCGUCCCCGCCUCCGACCUGCUACAUGUGCGUUCAGCGUAAGUUCAGCUCCAGGGAGCAGUUGAGAGACCAUCUGUGGGAGAAACACGCCAAGAACAAGACAGGGAUUUGGACGUGCGGAAUGUGUUUGAAGGAGAUCUCAGAUGUGUGGAUGUAUAAUGAGCAUUUACGAGAGCAUGCCACUCAGUUUGCCCGCAGGGGUCAGACUCAGGGCUCCAUGUUGGCCAUUCCAGGCUGCUUCAUGCAGGAGACUGCCGUCAAGAACUUCAUCACCUCCAUCAUGCAACACCGGCCCAACAAAGGCAAUAGAGAGUCCAGCAAAGCCACUAAAGACCAGGAAAAAGCAUUCACUGCAAAUGGCACUUUGGAAGAUGAGAAAACCUCAGUUGGGCCUGAGCGGAAGCUUAACAAACCCAAAAGCAGCAGUGGGAGAGGCAGCAGCAAGAACACACUGACACCUCUGGAGGUCCUCCACAAAACAGAAGCACCAAAAAAUGUGGAGAUGCACCCAAACUGCAAGGACCCCUCCAGGGACUGUCACCACUGUGGGAAGCGCUUCCCCAAACCGUUCAAACUCCAGCGACAUCUGGUGGUCCACAAUUUGGAGAAGAUUUUCCUGUGUCAUAGAUGUCCCGUCUCUUAUCAAGAAGCCCAGGACCUCAAAGAACAUCUAAAGACAGCACAUGAGGAGACGGGCGAGCCCGACUCCAAACACACCACCCUCUACACCUGCGAGCUCUGUGCUGAUGUCAUGCAUGUGAUCAAAAAGUCCUUCAUCUGCAGCACCUGCAAUUACACCUUCUCCAAGAAGGAGCAGUUUGAUCGUCACAUGGAAAAACACCUGUCGGGGGGCAACAAAAUCUUCAAAUUCAGAGGCGUUCACAGGCCUGUCAAAACAUCUUUGCCCAGAGAAGACGACUGCGAUUCUCCGGCGAGUAAAAAAAGAAGAAUUAUUUCCGACAGCCAGCAAGAGAACAGCACAGACAGCGGCAUUGCCAGCGUGUGCUCGCUGCACCACGGUCAGACCUCAGACACAGCUAAAGUGUCCAUGUUGGAUGACUCCACACAGACCCCCACGUACGACUACCGCAGUGACACAAAUGUGAAGACGGAGGACAUUGCUGAUGAUUACUCUGUUCUACUUGUGGAGCUGGAGAAAUGUAUUUCUGUGAGCUUAAGUGAGUCUGCUGCCCCCAAGGAAGAGGAAAUUGAUCAAACACCCGCAGCUAACCUUGACAAAGAAGCUAAUGGGGAAUCGACAGCUGAAGUGAAGGAGGAGAAAGAGUCCGUGUGCAUUAGAGUAGAGACCACCAAGUGGCCAGCAUCUCAACAGAACUGCAGCGAGGGGGAAGAGCAGAGUAAAGCCGAUAUAGACUCAGCAAGUGGACACAGCGAGAAAAGCGAGUCGCUUCCGUCGAGUAAAGACUUUUCAAGCAGCCUUCGAGAACACCAGGUGACGGCAAAGCGACCUGAGCCACAAUUAGCUUUUGAAAUGACGGAGCAGCAGAGGGAAGACGAGCGUCAUCCACAGAGAGUCAGCAGGCAGCAAGCGGAACUAAAAGACAAAGGUGGUCCCAUCAGAAGCAGCGUGAAGGUGACAGAUUCAACACAAGUCCUCCACUCCAAGUCUUCUCCCAACACAAAUGAGGAUAAAGAAACCCAAAGAUCUCAGAAGAAAAGGAAAGACGUGAAAUCUCCAAACUGCAUACAAAGAGUUUCCUCCCCGGCGACUCAGGAAAACUUUGUCAUGGACUCUCGGCCCAAGAAGAAGUACCACCCCAGCAAGUGCCUGAAUCCUUCUAUGCAAAGAAAAUCAGACGCCGCCAACGACUACGCCGUUUUCUCCUCAGUGCGUGAUGACGUCGUCGGCAACAAGCUCGUCUCCAAGUGCAAGACCUCAACCUUAGGGUUGCAGUUGAAAAGAAGUCUGUUAGAUAGCUGUACGCCAAAGAAAGCUGACAUGGUAGCCCCUCUCGGCAGGGACUACAAAAGCAAAAAGGGACACGUGGGACGGCCACUGCACACCUCCAUUUCCAAAGUGCCCUCUGUUCCUAUGAACAAUUCCUUGAACAAAUCCAGGCCAAAGCAGGAGGUGAGGUCCGUGGAGAGCCACUCCUACAGAACAGCAGAGUCCCAAAACCACCUCUUAAGCCAGCUCUUUGGCCAGAAACUCACCAGUUUUAAGAUUCCUUUAAGGAAAGACACGUCCGAAUCGAUUAACUGAGCGGAGAGUGAGGAAUCUGUGAAUAAAAUGGACUUUAUGUUUUCACAGUUAUUAAAGAUUUAAUUCAUUAUGGUGAAUGAGAUUGCACAGCUCUUUUCUGUGAAAUGUUUAUACUUACAUAGUCACUUUAUGUCUUCUUUGUACAUGUGCUCGUAUCACACAAAUGUGAGGACGAAUGGCAAAUAUGAGUUUUGGUUCCAAAAUUAAUGUUAGUCGCAAAUUCUUUGCUUUAUAUACACAUAUGUGUAUGUAUUUGUGCAUAUAUAUAUAUAUACACAAAUACAUAUAUAUUCACAGUAUAUAGAUGGAUGGAUGGAUGAUCUGUUCCAGAGAUUAUAUUUCGAAUAGUAUAUAUAUAGAAAAGGGAAAAAAAAAAUACUUGAAAAUGCAGUAGAGUACAUCCUUUUUCAGAAGUGCCUCUUCAUUUUGCAUUCAUAACAGACUUAUCAGUGCAAAAGGACCAAAUGACGUAAUUAUUGACCUGGACUGUUGUCUCUGUACAUGCUUCUCAACAUACUAUUGUGUAUUAUUUCUUACCUGCACUGCAUUGACAUUCAAUCUAAUUAGCCUUUUGUAUCAACAUACAUGGUGCUACGUUGUGUUUUAUAGUAAUGUGAAUGCCGAUGUCCUCAGAAGGGAACACGAGAGCUGUAGCAGUCACAGCACGUUGAUCACAGUGUGUGUUUACUGGUUCUCUGUCGCUUAUUUUAAGAUACUGUGUAAGCCAUCCAAGGGCUCCAUCUGUAGGCCGCUGGUCCAAGACAACAUUAGGAAAGAUUCCAUUGUAUAAACUCAGGUGCAUACAAGGGCAUCGCCGUCCUUACACCUGUAUUUGGAGUUCUUCCCAUGCACUGAUAACAUCACACACACACACACACUCUCUCUCACACACACCAUCACACCAAUUUGUGUUUUGCAACUCCAAGCUGUCAUACUGAAGAGUAUUUACUUGGACAAAAAAAAAAAAAAAAAAAAAGGUGCUUUAUCUUGUUUAUACUGUAUGUAUCGUAUUUUGUAUGAUAUUGUAGGUAGAUCGUUGUCCGGUGUCAUGCAUUAUACUAUCAAAGUUUUUAUUUUAAUAAUGUGCAAAAGAAUGAGCAGAAAGGGAAGUGCAGUCAGUGCCUUGUGCAAGCUGUAAAGUGGAUCACUAAGUGCCUAUUUUAUAGUUGUCAUUAAAGAUCUGUAUCGAUCUC